AAAGACCUUCCAUUUAGGUGCAUGUCUCAUGCCAGGGGCUCAUAUGUUGAGCAACGCCUUUAAAUAGCUCUCCCCGCCGUAUGAGAUUGGUUCAACUGAGGGAGAAGGAGAGAGAAGAGAGAAAAGACAGAGGGAACGGGAGAGGGAUAGAAAGUAGAGAGAAAGAGGGAGAUGGUGUCGAGGGAGCAGAAGAGAGCAAUUUUGCAUGAGAAGCUGCAGGUUCUCCGUAGCGUUACUCAUUCGCAUGCGGGAAACAAAAUGUCGAUAAUCGCUGAUGCAUCGACGUACAUCAAAGAUUUGAAGCAGAAAAUUGCCAAGCUGAACCAAGAGAUUGCAUCCGCACAACACACGCCAUUGGUGAGUGUUGAAGUCCUAGACAAGGGUUUCCUCAUCAAUGUGUUCGUGGACAAGAGCAACCCAGGACUACUUUCUUCCAUUCUUGAGGCGUUUGACGAGUUAGGCCUCACCGUGCUUGAGGCAAGGGCUUCCUGCGCCGGUUCAUUUUGUCUUGAAGCAGUAGGAGAGGACGAAGAUGGGGAUCUAAUAAUCAACGCACAUGCGGUGGAGCAGGCAGUAGUGCAAGCAAUCAAGAACUGUCCAUCGAAUUAAUCAAGACAGAUCUAUUUGAUCGAGUUUGAUUCUGAUGGAGUUGGUUCUAGGAGCACAAUAUUUCCAUCUAAUAAACCCUAAGCUAUACCUAUUUAUUUUCCUUAUGUUUUGUGAAGAGAACAAACUAUACUAUCUCUUUCUACAAGAAGUCGAGUCUUGCAUGUUAUGCUACUUAGGCAUCUUAUGGUGAUGUCAAUAUAUAUUGUUACAUCAAAUUUAUUUUUCAUAGCAAAGUUUAUACA